AUGACAAUCUCCGUUUUCCAGCUGCAUGCGACCCCAUUUGUAAAACUGGAAAUUGUACAAGCCUCGGAAUAUGCGCUGCCUGUAACGCCGGCUAUAGUGAAGCCACAUGUACACGUGAGUAGUUUUCCGUCUUUUGUUGGAUUUACAGGCUGUGUAGUAUAAUUCUCGCCAGCCCUUGCUACAGAACAUAGUACGUAGGUGUCAAUUAUUUGAGGUCGUGUCAACUGCUGCGUUUGAUUUACAAUAGUGUUCUCGGGCGAAGUACGGUGAUGUCUGUACCCAGCAUGGCGCGCAUGCGAAUCGUUUGAGCUAUCGACGUCACGCCUUUUCCGAUGUGAUUCCUUUAGAAAUAACUGCAUCGAUAGGUUUUCGUAUACACCAAGUCCCACAGCUCUUUCGCUUACGCUAGUGAUAACUCACGGACGGUGAAACCAUUUUCUUUUGCGGCGUUGCACCGAACGUUAGGUAGUUAUCUCAUGAACCUUUGACGAAACUGGAUAAUCUGCGAGCCGCAAUCUUUGAUGACAAUCUUCGUUUUCUAGCUGUAUGCGACCGCAAUUGCAAAACCGGAAAUUGCACAAGUCCUGGAAUAUGCGCUGCCUGUAACGCCGGCUAUAGUGGAGCCACAUGUACACUUGAGUAAUUUUCCAUUUUUUGUUCGAAUUUAUAAUCUGUGUCGGACAAUUCUCGCCACCCGUUCCUACAGAACAUAGUACACACCCGUCAAAUAUUUGAGGUGCUGUCAACUGCUGCGUUUGAUUUACAAUAGUGUUGUGCGGUGAUGUGCGGACUGGUGAUAUCUGUAGCCACCAUGGCCGGCGUGCGACUCGUUUGCGAAAUCAACGUCACGCCUUUUCCGAUCUGAUUACUUUACCAGGAACUGCAUCGAUAGGUUUUCCGGUAUAAACGCGAGGAAAGGAGGAAAAAGAUAGCUUUUCUACCUUUCUUUCUAUGAUGUGAGGAAACGAAAGAAGAAGGAAAGCGUUUUCACGUCUUCCUUGUUCUUUAUACUUAAAAGCACAUACUUCUGCUAAUAGGUUUUGGAUUUGUCAGAAUGUUAAAGAUGCGGGUGAGAGUGUUUAUAAUGUCACUAGCAGUGCCAAUUGUUCUUGUUUUUGUGUCGUUUUGAUCAUACUUGUUAUUGCAUUUCGUCCGAUGCACUGUAUCACUAAAAUGGAAACAAAAAACCGCGGCAGCACGUACAUAAAAAUUACUCUCAGAUUUUAUCUAAAAGUGAUUUCAGGAUAUUUUUUAAAAGUUUCUGGGGGUGGUUUUAAGAUAUUUUUUGAAGGUUUCUUUCGGAUUAGCAUUUAGGUGAGGUUUUCAGUUACACGAUUAGCAAAAAUUGGGUGAACGGCGGUAAGGGGAGUGUUUUCAAAUGUCUCGGUCCACAUUUGGUAAAAUUUGGGGCAAAGCGUGAAAUGGAAGGCACGUAUGAAAAAUGGAUAAGGAGCUCUUUUUGCGGAUUAAUUUGUUUGCGUGGUAGUCGGCCACUCGUCCAGUUUAGGUCUCUAACGUUAGUACGGCAGUAAUCGUAUUUGCUUUGGUUCUCGAAAAGAGAGUCAAGGUUACGUAAGCGGAUAUCUUUGACAAAGAGGUCGAAAUGGGCGUCUAUGAAUUUGGAUGGGUAGCCAUUGAGUAGGAGUCUAAUUCGAAUAUUGAAUACCUCUGUUUUGCAGUCUUCAGAGUGUGAAGACCACAAAAUUGGUGAAGCUUUACGUCCAAAUAGUCAACUGAAUCUCCGGUUUCGUAGGUUAGUCUUAUGUGCGGAUCUUUAGAGUCAAGUUUUUUGAGGAUGUCAACAAAGUCGAAAAGGGGUCGUUUUGUAGUCAGGUGAAUGUCGUCUUGAAAUCUUACAUAAAUUUCUUUUUCGUCUAAUUGUAUUGCUAGAAUGUCACUUUCCCAUUCCAUCAUAUAAACAUCGACUAGCACUUGAGUCACUGCUGACCCCAUCGCACCACCUUUAAUUUGUUUGUAGUAUUUUUUCCCUAAUGCGAAAAAUGCAGUGUUGAGUAUGAAACGCAACAAUCUAGCAAUGGUGUCGAUCGAAAUACCGUCUAUUUUAUGAUUUUUUGUUUUUGAAAGAAGUCGACAAACUGCAGCAACGGACUGUUUUUGAGGAAUCAUAGUGUAUAAGUCAGUAAUGUCAAAGGUGAACUGUCGGGGCGUCGGGGUCACGGCGUAGCUGUCAAGAUGGUCUAGGAACUGGAGAGAGUUUUCUAACGUAUAGUGUGCAGUGACUUUAUUAAAGAUGGGACGG